AUGGACUCCAUGAGAUCUCUGAACACCUCUUUGCCGAGCUCAACACCCCGCCCGCAGCCUCCGGAACAACUCCUCCAACAAUUCAAAGCUGCCGCGUUGUCCGUCACCAACCUCUACAAGAAUGCCGUUUGUGAGCAAGCUUCGGCAAAGCAGGCUGGAUACCAGGAAGCGGUCGAGGAUCUCCUUCACUUCCUAGACCGCGAGAACCUCGGUCUUGGGGACGGAGAGGGGUGGAAAGUACGCCAAUGGGCAACCGAAAGAUGUGAUGGAACUGCAUCUCAGAGCAACGACGAGGAUGACCGAACCGAACACGACCACCGUGAUCGAAGUGCUACGCCCGCCGCUGCCCGCAAAGAAGCAUCUGAACCCACUGCCCGUCUGCCCCCCACCUCGGCACCUGCCCCUACUUCCAAGCCAGAUACCACCGCUCUUCCCACACAACCUACCGAGCCAAGUCCUCUCACCACUCCGGCAAUUUUCACAUUCUCCGCUGGUCCGACCUAUCCCCAAGAACUCGACAUGGAUGUCCAAUCCCCCGACAACUCAUCUGUACCGACGCAAGACGGUGCUCCCGUCAGCGUCUCAGUGAUGCCUCGCAACUCCCGGCCCCAUCACCGCCACAACAACCACGGACGACCGAACGCAAGACCCGCGGCGCGGGAGUCACCCGCUACUGUUGGGUCGAAGCGGAAAUUCACCUUCCCCGACUUCUUCGACUUAUCCGGACUCAACAACGGACGAGAUACUUUUGGCGGAGGCGGAGGAAAACGCGGUCGCUUUACCUAG